CACCACCGAGACCACCGAGCUCCAGACGUCUGGCGCUCUCGAGCUUCGCAAACCACCACCAUCUCGUGUACAGUCCGCAGCUCAUGCGUCCUGCAUCAGCAUGGCUGCGGCAACUACCCAAGAAGGCGACUCUGCCCCAGCUACACUGACCGAAGAGCCCCGAAGUCAACGCACCGCCAGUGCCAGCAUUCCCCGUGUCGCUCUACAGUCCGAUGACGACGGCGAAGAUGUCGAAGACGACGACGAGGAAGAGGACGAGGAAGAUGAUGAUGAUGACGACGGCGAAGAUGAGGAGCCCAAACUCAAGUAUACGCGUUUGACAGCCAACUUGGGUCCCGUGUACAGGAAUGGCGACGCGACAAGCACAUUUGUGGUAGCGGGCGACAAAAUGAUCGUCGGUACCCAUAACGGUAGCAUUCACAUCUUGACUCUCCCCACUUUCCAACCUCUUCGCAACUACAACGCCCAUCCCUCUGCCUCAGUCACUUCCCUAUCCAUUUCGCCAUUUCCUCCCGCGCUUCCCACCUUUCUGGCCGGCUCUACGACCCAAAGCCUGGAAUCAUCCGAUCCCUCUCCAAAGAAAACUACCACCCCUCACAGCUCCACCUCUUCCGUUCGCACGCCACGAAAUCAACCUCUCGUGCCCCCAACGCCUCAAAAUCAGAUAUAUAUUGCGUCUUCUUCCAUAGAUGGCCAUGUCUGCGUCUCAUCCUUGAUAGAUCCGAAAGACGUUACGCUGAGGAAUUUUGCUCGUCCGGUGCAGGCGGUGGCGCUAUCCCCAGAGUACAAAACUGACAGGCAGUAUUUGUCCGGUGGUCUGGCCGGCGAGCUGAUCCUGACUACCGGUGGACAAGCAGGCGUACGAUCAAAUGCCAACACCAGCCAUGCGUCGCAAGCUGCACAAGGUUGGUUAGGAGCUAUCGGCUUGGGUGGGAAUUCCGGCAAAGACACAAUGUUGCAUUCCGGGGAAGGUACUAUCAGCACCAUAAAAUGGUCUCUGUCCGGCAAAUUUGUCGCUUGGUGUAACGAACAUGGCAUCUGGAUUAUGCGGAGCAAUCUCCACCUUCACAACGCCGACUCAGACUUGGCAUGGAAAAGGAUUAACUUCAUUGGCAAACCAAACCGGCGGAUAUGGGAGGAUAUGGCUGGUGUAUGGAAAGCACGUAUACAAUGGGUCGACGACGAUCAGUUGGAAUCUGACGACGAUGCCAUCAUUGCUCUUAACAGUAGCCACGGUGCUGAAAAACCUGAGGCCACCCUGCCACACCAUCGACUGCACAAGAACAAAAAGGACGGCACAAAGAAGAGCAACAACCGACCAGAGAAGAUGGUUAUUGGCUGGGGAGACGCUGCGUGGGUAGUUAAUGUCAAUGCUGGUGGUGAUGGGACUGGCAAAGACGUAGGUGAGAGAUCAGCUGGCAGCGCUGAUAUUAUUCAUUUUCUUCGUUUUGAGGACUGUAUUGUUUCCGGAAUAUCGCUUUAUACCCCUUCUUUACUUCUUGUUCUUGCUUACCGGACUCGCGACGAUGAUGACAACCCGAUUCCGCAUGAUGAUUCGAUUCCGCGUCGAGGAAUGCACAGAAGAAACAACGGAUUAUCACCAGAACUCAAGCUUAUCAAUGCUGCUACAUCGGACGAAGUGGAAGUCGAUUCAUUGACCGUCAGUAGAUUCGAGAGCCUUUCUGCAGCUGACUACCACCUCAACACUCUCUACGUGCCCCACCCAAAAUCAAUGACUCCUGCGCAGAGGGGCGCCUUGGAAGCCAUUAGUGGCGGCAUCUGGGACGUAGGUAUCAGUGCAGCCCGGAUUUUCAGUUCUAGCGCCAGUGCUGUUAGUAUCCCUAGCAGUGCAGAUGCCAAGGCCUCUUCUGUGUCUUCUACUGGAGCAGGUUCCUCUUCGACAUCCACACGAAUUGCCCCAGCACACCCAAAUGCAUCUGGGGCGGGGCUCAAAGUCUACAUUCAAAGUCCAUAUGAUUGUGUCUUGGCAAUCAAGCGGGAUUUGUCUGAUCACUUUAAUUGGGAACUUGAACAUGACAAUUACAAAGAAGCGUGGGAACUGCUUGAAGAUCAUCCGGAAGUCAUCGCGUCUACUAUCCAGCAAGCCCCUGAAGCAUCUCCCAUCAGUAGCCCCUCCAAAAGACAAGGCAGUCUGGAGGAUUUUUUUGCUGACGACAGCGCGUCACAAACGACGAUAGCGGCAUCAAAGACCAACAUCAAUUCAGCGGUCGAGAAAGAGAAACGACGUGUUGGUGAUCUAUGGGUACAGCAGCUUGUCACCGCCGGCAACUGGAAGGAAGCUGGCAAAGUCGCGGGCCGUGUCUUGGGCACUUCGCAAAGAUGGGAGCAUUGGGUCUGGAAAUUUGCCCAAUCCAAUCGUUUCAAUGAGAUUGCUCCACAUAUUCCCAAGGAACAGAUGCAACCCCCAUUACCGUCAAUGGUCUACGAAGUAAUUUUGGGUCACUAUAUCAUCAAUGACCGAAUACGGUUCAAACACCUUCUGGAAGAUUGGGAUCCUGAACUAUUCGACAUCAACAGUGUGCUUGAAGCGAUCAAGAGUAAGCUCUCCACGGGGGAUGUUACCGAAGACUCUAUAGAAGGCGGUGAGCAAGGAAGAGACUGGCGAAUAUUACAGGAUGCACUUGGCAAAUUGUAUCUUGCUGAUGGGCGGCAAAGAGAAGCACUGCGUUGUUAUAUCCGCCUACAGAAUGCUGACGCUGCCAUGUCUCUUAUACGGGACUUUCACCUCGUGGAGGCUAUACGAGACGAUAUCCCAGGGUUCGUCUUGCUGCGUGUGUCUAAGGAGCAGAUGGAGUCUGCGUCGCUGAACGAACUCGAGGAGUCAUCGUCCGAAGCCAUCGCAGUAUUGGUAGAAGAAGCUUGCCGUGGAAAUGUGCCUACUCGGGACGUUGUCGAUCAGCUCCAACGUAAAGGCGAUAGCUUUAAACCGUUCCUCUUCUUCUAUCUACGCACCUUAUGGAAACCGGAAAGUCAAGAGCGGAAAGGUAGAACUGCCAAAGAACGUGUCAAUGCAGGUAAUCUUGCCGUCAACGGGAAGCAGAUUGCCGAAGAAUUUGCAGACUUGAUGGUCGAAUUAUUUGCAGAGUACGACCGAGAGCUUCUCCUGAAGUUCCUGCGCGAGUCUCAGAGCUAUGAUCUGGGGAAGGCGACUGCCAUUUGCGAGAGGAGGGAGUAUAUUCCCGAGUUAGUACACAUCCUUUCCAAAACCGGGCAAACCAAGCGCGCACUCUAUCUCAUCAUCGAACGGCUCUCCGAUGUUUCUUUUGCUAUCUCAUUUGCCAAAGAACAAGAUGAUCCUGAGCUCUGGGACGAUCUACUCGAGUAUUCAAUGGACAAACCGCACUUUAUUCGUGGUCUUCUUGAGGAAGUAGGUACAGCGAUUGAUCCUAUACAACUUGUCCGACGCAUUCCCGAAGGACUGGAAAUCGAAGGCUUGAGGGAUGGCAUUGGUCGCAUGGUCCGCGAAUACGAAAUUCAACAUUCAAUAUCCGAAGGUGUAGCAAGAGUGCUUCGUGGAGAAGUUGCAGCUGGCAUGGAUACACUACGUGCUGGACGAAGGCGUGGCGUCAAAUUCGAAGUCAUACCCUGUGAUGAUGACAAUGAAGAGGUGCCUGCUCUCACCGAGAAACCAUCUACAGCUUCAACCAAAGAGAAGGGCCACAAGGCCAAAGCAACAGAGCUCGACAUACAACCCAAGAGCAUUGACCCACUCACUGCAGCCAACUUGACAACAAAAGACACAUCGACAACCGCUAACACAUCCACAAAUCCCGAUGCCCACCUCGAUCCGCCACCACCUGAAGCCCACACAGGCGAAGCUCCGCCCGGCCACUGCACUGGGUGUUACCGCCCUUUCACAGUUCCCACUGUUGAGGAAGAAAGCAUCACACAAGGGGCACUCCCGCUAUCCCGCGAUACACUGGUGGGGUUCGCUUGCGGCCACGUUUUCCACCUUUCAUGUCUUUUGCCCAAGACUAGCGCCAGUGCCAGUGUAGCUGCUACUCUGCAACAGCAACUGAGUAGCGACGCUUUAGUUGAGGGAAGCUCAGGCCGCUGGACAAGGAGCGUGAAUACUAAGAUUACGCAUGCACUUGUUAUUAAGAAUGCUGUUGGCAGAGGAUGCGUAGUCUGUAGAGAGAAGGAAGAUGUUGUCAGCGAAAACGCAACCUAA